UUCUUGCAUGAAACAGACAGGAUUGCGUCAUCUAUAAUUUCCUGUUUCUGUUUCACCGCCUACAAAGGCCUGUGGUCAUAAUUCUAGAUGCUUACAGUGAUUUCCUCAAUAAUUCCCCAUUGUCUCGCACUUAUCUAAUUCUAACCAUUGUUUCAAGCAGCUUGCUUUUCUUGCAUAUUUCCAAAGAAUUCAAUGUCAGUUUUCUAAGCGCGGGUCUCUUUUGCACUCAUAUUUUAAAAUAAAAAUGUCAUCAAAAGAAUGUGUUUCAGUAACAAGCACGAUUGCCAUAAAGAGGCUUGGGAAGUUCGGUAAACACACAAUCUAACAGGUGAGAGAAGAUGCCAGUAUUGUAUAGACAGAGGUUCGCCCCCUUCUCAGUGACAUCUUGCCUUGGGCACAAGUCACCAUGUUUUAGGGAGGGAGGGAAGAGUGCCAAUUAACUGACCAGCUGGUUAGGAGGAAGUCAGGUAAGAUAGUUGACAUGUAUUUGUGUUGAUCUAUUCCCUCUUUUUUUUUUUAAAUGGCUUUGAAACUAUAUUCAUGGAAAUAUAUUUUGACGUAAAAAGUAUAGUAUGAUGCCAUUUAAAAAUAAAAAGAGAACCCUGUGCGUGCGUGCGUGUGUGUGCGUGUGUGUGUGUGUGUGUGUGCAUAGAAAAACCUGAAAGGAUCUGUGUCAAGAUGUCUGUAACAGUAGACCUAGUUUUUGAUUAUGGGUGAUCGUCCUAUGCAUGCAUUGCUGUAAAAACCAUAAGAAACUAUGAAGCAAUUUUGUCAGCAACAAAAAAGACAAAGAAAGAAAACAAAAAUCUGUUUUUAGGGAUGAUUUUUCACAGCUGAGGCCUUGCUGUAAGCUGAUGGUAGGAGAGGAAGUUUCAGAGGGUGGAGGAGCGAGCAGGGAGGGCUGGUAAGAGUCCAAUCAGAGGGCAGAGGAGGAUCCUUUGGAGGCUUUAAUUUGCUAAGGGGAGGUGCCAGGACCAGAGGUUCUUCCUUUCCUGGGAAACGAAAGUAACAGAGUCUACACUCAGCCUGCAGAGAAAAAAGACUAACAGGUCCCAGGCGCCAGCUCCACCAUCACUGGCUCUCCUGCCCACCCCCGAGCAUCAUGGGGGAACUCAGAUAUACCCCGGCCAGGAAUCUGGACAAGUUCAUCGAAGACCAUCUCCUGCCAGACACACUGUUCCGCAUGCAGGUCAGAGAAGCCGUUGACACCAUCUGUAGCUUCCUGAAGGAAAGGUGCUUCAUCGGAUCUGUGCGGGUGUCCAAGGUUGUGAAGGGUGGCUCCUCCGGCAAAGGCACCGCUCUCAGAGGCCGAUCUGACGCUGACCUCGUGGUCUUCCUCAGCAAUCUCACAAGUUUUCAGCAGCAGCUAAAGCACCGGGGAAUAUUCAUUGAGGAAAUCAGAAAACAGUUGGAAGCCUGCCAAAGGGAAGAAGAGUUUGACGUGGAAUUUGAGGUCCAGAGUAAAUGGGAAAACCCCCGCGUGCUUAGCUUCAUGCUAAGUUCCCACUACCAAAACAAGUGUGUGAACUUUGAUGUGCUGCCUGCCUUUGACGCCCUGGGUCAGGUGACUAAAGACUACAAACCUGACCCCCAAAUCUACGUCCAGCUCAUCCGUGAGUGCUCCCGGGGGGGCGAGUUCUCCACCUGCUUCACAGAGCUUCGGCGAGCCUUCCUGAAGCAGCGUCCCACCAAGCUGAAGAGCCUCAUCCGCCUGGUCAAGUACUGGUACCAAGAGUGUAAGGAGAACCUGGGGAAGCCACUGCCAGCACAAUACGCCCUCGAGCUCCUGACUGUCUACGCUUGGGAGCGUGGGAGCAACCAAACAGACUUCAACACAGCACAGGGGUUCCGGACCGUCUUGGAAUUAGUCCGGGACUACAGACUGCUUUGCAUCUACUGGACAAAGUAUUACGACUUUGAAAACCUCGUUAUUGAACAAUAUCUGAUCAAGCAGCUGCAGAAACCCAGGCCUGUGAUUCUAGACCCGGCGGACCCUACAGGAAAUUUGGGUGACGGACACCCAGACAGGUGGCAGAGGCUGGCCGGGGAGGCUUCAGUCUGGCUGAGCUACCCCUGCUUUCAGAAUCGGGAUGGGUCUCUCGUGGGCUCCUGGAAUGUGCCGCCUGAAAAAGACUACAUGGGUGGGGCCUUCCGGAGUUAUGUGCAGAGCCGUAGACACAUCACGCACGAGACAGUGUCCACUCCACAGGCAGAAGAGGAAUGGACGUGCACCAUCCUGUGAAGGCAGUGUAGCCUCAGGAAACUGGGCUCCAGAGUCAUCCCCAUCCAGGGCCAACCCCUCAUUCCCAGAUGGGCCCCUCGGUCCUCAGUGAAUUGGUGUCAGAUCCAGAACCAGGAUCCAGGUCCCCUCACCCCACCCUCCCACUAUUCUGUGUUUUCUCUUCCAUCAUAGAUCAUACUUCCAGCCUCUCACUGACAAUCGAAAUCUCUCAGAAGAGAUUUAGACAAGACAUCAGGGUCCCAGCCUGACUUCCUUCUGUGUUCCUGGUGAGAGGGUUAUGGUCCAAUUUAUUAUCAUAACAAUAAAAAUAAUAGCAAAUACCACUUAUUGAAUGUUUAUCAACUGCAAGUCAUCUAGCCAAGAAGUGUGCUUGUGCACGUGUGUGUGUUCAUUGAUUCAAUUAGAAAUAUUUACGGAGCAGCUACUGUGUAUUCAAUAAAUCUUUCUGUUGUUCUAAGUACUGGGGACACAGCAAUGGAACAAUGCAGACAAAAACCUCUGCCUGCCUGUACAGGCACGAAUCAAAAACACAGAAAAUAACCAAUGUUGGAGAGGCUGUGGGGAGAUUGGAACCCUUAUGCACUGCUGGUGGGAAUGUAAAAUGGUACAACCAUUUUGGAAAACAAUAUGGCACUUCCUUAGAAAGCUAGAAAUAGAAAUACCAUAAGAUCAAGCAAUUCCACUCCUAGGAAUAUGUCCUAGAGAAAUAAGAGCCGUCACAUGAAUAGAUAUAUCCACACCGUGUUCACUGCAGCAUGGUUCACAACAGCAAAAAGAUGGAAACAACCUAGAUGUCCAUCAAUACAUGAAUGGAUAAAUAAACUAUAGUACAUACAUACAAUGGAGUAUUAUGCAAAGAUAAAGAACAUUGAUGAAUCUGUGAAGCAUCUCACAACCUGGAUGAAUCUGGAGGGCAUUAUGCUGAGUGAAAUAAGUCAAUCAUGAAGGGCAAAUAUUGUAUGAGACCACUACUAUAAAAACUCAUGAAAAGGUUUACACACAAAAAGAAACAAUCUUUGAUGGUUACAAGGGAGGGGACAAGUGGGGAUGGAAAAACACUAAACGGACAAUAGACAAGCAGUUAACUUUGGUGAAGGGUAAGACAGUGCACAAUACUGGGGAAGCCAGCACAACUUGUCCAAGGCAAAGUCAUGGAAGCUCCAUAGACACAUCCAGACUCCCUGAGGGACUGAAUUGCUAGGCUGAGGGCCGUGGGGACCAUGGUCUCGGGGAACAUCUAGCUCAAUUGGUAUAAUACAGUUUACAAAGAAAAUGUUCUACAUUCUACUUUGGUGAGUAGCGUCUGGGGUCUUAAAACUCUGUGAGGGGCCAUCUAAGAUACUCCACUGGUCUCAUCCCUAGGGAGCAAGGGAGAAUGAAGAAAACUAAAGACACAAUGCAAAGAUUAGUCCAAAGGACUAAUGGACCACAACUACCACAGCCUCUACCAGGCUGAGUCCAGUACAACUAGGUGGUGCCCGGCUACCACCACUGACUGCUCUGACAGGGAUCACAAUAGAGGGUCCCAGACAGAGCUGGAGAAAAAUGUAGAAUAAAAUUCUAACUCACAAAAAAGACCAGACUUCCUAGCCAGAGCAAUUAGGCUAGAUAAAGAAAUAAAGGCAUCCAGAUUGGUAAAGAAGAAGUAAAAGUAUCUCUAUUUGCAGACGACAUGAUCUUAUACACAGAAAACCCUAAAGAAUCCACAAAAAAACAUUGAAACUAAUAGAAGAGUUCAGCAGAGUAUCAGGAUACAAAAUAAACACACAAAAAUCAGUUGGAUUCUUCUACACCAACAAAAAGAACAUCAAAGAGGGAAUCACCAGAUCAAUACCGUUUACAGUAGCCCCCAAGAAGAUAAAAUACUUAGGAAUAAAUCUUACCAGAGAUGUAAAAGACCUAUACAAAGGAAACUACAAGACACUAUUGCAAGAAACCAAAAGAGACCUACGUAAGUGGAAAAACAUACCUUGCUCAUGGAUAGGAAGACUUAACAUUGUAGAAAUGUCUAUUCUACCAAAAGUGAUCUAUAGAUACAAUGCAAUUCCGAUCCAAAUUCCAAGGACAUUUUUAAUGAGAUGGAGAAACAUCACCAAAUUCAUAUGGAAGGGCAAGAGACGCAUUACUGAAAAGAACAACAAAGUGGGAGGCCUCACUCUAGCUGAUUUUAUAACCUAUUGUACCGCCACAGUAGUCAAAACAGCCUGGUACUGGUACAACAACAGAUACAUGGACCAAUGGAACAGAAUUGACAAUCCAGACAUAAAUCCAUCCACAUAUGAGCAGCUGAUAUUUGACAAAGGCCCAAAGUCAGUUAAUUGGGGAAAAGACAGUCUUUUUAACAAAUGGUGCUGGCAUAACUGGAUAUCCAUCUGCAAAAAAAGAAAACAAGACCCGUACCUCAUGCCAUGCACAAAAACGAACUCAAAAUGGUUCAAAGACCUAAACAUAAAAUCUAAAAUGAUAACCAUCAUGGAAGAAAAAAUAGGAGCCCGAAAACAUGGCAUAACAGCAUACAAAACAUUACUAACAAUGCAGGAGAAAAACUAGAUAACUGGGAGCUCCUAAAAAUCAAAUACCUAUGCUCAUCCAAAGACUUCGCCAAAAGAGUAAAAAGAUUACCUACAGACAGGGAAAAAGUUUUUAGCUAUCUCAUUUCUGAUCAGUGCCUGAUCUCUAAAAUCUACAUGAUACUGCAAAAACUCAACUGCAAAAAGACAAAUGACCCUAUUAAAAAAUGGGCAACAGAUAUGAAUAGACACUUCACUGAAGAAGACAUUCAGGUAGCUAACAGAUAUAUAAGGAAAUGUUCACGAUCAUUAGCCAUUAGAGAAAUGCAGAUCAAAAUUACAAUGAGAUUUCAUCUCACUCCAACAAGGCUGGCAUUAAUCCAAAAAACACAAAAUGAUAAAUGUUGGAGAGGCUGUGGAGAGAUUUUAACACUUCUACACUGCUGGUGGGAAUGUCAGAUGGUACAACCACUGUGGAAAUCGAUUUAGUGCUUCCUUAAAAAGCUAGAAAAAAAAAAAAGCUAGAAAUAGAACUACCAUACGAUCCAGCAAUCCCACUCCUUGGAAUAUAUCCUAGAGAAAUAAGAGCCUUUACACGAACAGAUAUAUGCACACCCAUGUUCACUGCAGCACUGUGUACAAUAGCAAAAAGUUGGAAGCAACCAAGGUGCCCAUCAACAGAUGAAUGGAUAAAUAAAUAACGGUAUAUUCACACAAUGGAAUACUAUGCAUCAAUAAAGAACGAUGAUGAAUCCACGAAACAUUUCAUAACACCGAGAAAUCUGGAAGACAUUAUGCUGAGUGAAAUUAUUCAGUUGCAAAAGGACAAAUAUUGUAUGAGACCACUAUUAUAAGAACUCGAGAAAUAGUUUAAACAGAGAAGAAAAUAUUCUUUGACGAUUACCAGAAGGGGGAGGGAGGGAGGUAGGGUGGGAGAGGGGUUUUCACUAACUAGAUAGUAGAUAAGCUUUAUUUCAGGUGAAGGGAAAGACAACACACAAUACAGGAGAGGUCAACACAACUGGACUAAACCAAAAGGAAAGAAGUUUCCUGAAUAAACUGAAUGCUUCGAAGGCCAGCGUACCGGGGCAGGGGUUUGGGGACCAUGGUUUCAGGGGACAUCUAAGUCAAUUGCCAUAGUGAAAUCUAUUAAGAAAAGAUUCUGCAUCCCGCUUUGGACAGUGGCGUCUGGGGUCUUAAACGCUAGCAAGUGGCCAUCUAAGAUGCAUCAAUUGGUCUCAACCCACCUGGAGCAAGGAAGCAUGAAAAACACCAAAGACGUAAGGUAAUCAUGAGCCCAAGAGACAGAAAGGGCUGCAUAAACCAGAGACUACAUCAGCCUGAGACCAGAAGAACUAGAUGGUGCCUGGCCACAACCGAUGACUGCCCUGACAGGGAACACAACAGAGAACCCCUGAGGGAGCAGGAGAGCAGUGGGAUGCAGACCCCAAAUUCUCGUGAAAAGACCAGACUUAAUGGUCAAACUGGGACUAGAAAGACGCCGGAGGCCAUGGUCCCCAGAUCUUCUGUUAGCCCAAGACAGGAACCAUUCCCAAAGCCAACUCUUCAGACAGGGAUUGGACUGGUCUAUGGGAUGGAAAAUGACACUGGUGAAGAACGAGCCUCUUGGAUCAAGUAGACACAUGAGACUAUGUUGGCAUCUCCUGUCUGGAGGGGAGAUGAGAGGGCAGAGGGGCCAGAAGCUGGCCAGAUGGACACGAGGAGAGAGAGUGGAGGGAAGGACUGUCCUAUGUCAUUAGGGGGAGAGCAAUUAGGAGUGUACAGCAAGGUAUAUGUAAAUUUUUGUAUGAGAGACUGAGUUGAUUUGUAAACUUUUAAAGCACAAUAAAAAUUAAUUAAAAAAAAAAGACCAGACUUACUGGCCUGACAGAGACUGGAGAAACCCCAAAAGUAUGGCCCCCAGACAUCAUUUUAGCUCAGUCAUGAGGUCAUUCCUGAGGUACACCCUUCAGCCAAAGAUUAGACAGAGCCAUAAAACAGAGUGAGACUAAAGGGGCACACCAGCACAGAGGCAAGGACGAGAAGGCAGGAGGGGACAGGAAAGCUGGUAAUAGGGAGCCCAAGGUCAAGAAGGGAGAGUGUUGACAUGUCAUGGGGUUGGUAAUGAAUGUCACAAAACAAUGUGUGUACUAACUGUUUAAUGAGAAGCUAGUUUGUUCUGUAAACCUUCAUCCAAAAUACAAAGAAAAAAAAAUCCCUGUCUUCAAAGAGCUGGCAUUUAAGAGGAAUAUUUUCAUGGUGGACAGUUUAGAAUCCUUCCAUUUUGCUAUUGCAAAUAAGCCUGAGACAAAUGCCCCUAGUUCAUAAAUCACUGUCCACAACACUGGUUAUUUCUCUAGGGAAAAAUCUAGACCAGACCUGCCCUGACUAAUACAGGAGCCACUAGCCACAUGUGACUACUGAGCACUUGAAAUGUGACUAAUCCAAAUUGAGACGUGUCAUAAGGGUUAAGCACAUGCUGGGUUUCAAAGAUCGGGUACAAGAGAGAAUGUCAAAUUCUUGAUAACAUAACGUUUUAUAUUGACUGCAUGUUGAAAUGACAAUUUUUUGCAUUCUGUUGAGUUAAAUCAAAAUUAAUUUCACCUGUUUCUUUGUACUUUUUUAAUGUGGCAGUGGGUUUUAUGAGAAAAUGUUAAAUUACAUAUGUAGCUUGCAUUAUAUUUCUAUUAGACAGUUCUACUCUAGAAUGUGUAUCACUGGAUUAAAGGGUACGCAUCACUCUUUGUCCCUGAAUAGAUUCCGACUCAUAGCGACCCUAUAGAGCAAAGUAAAACUGCCCCAUAGGGCUUCCAAGGCUGUAAUUUUUAUGGAAGCUGACUGCCACAUCUUUUUCCCUCGGAGCACCAGUGGGUUCAAACCACCAACCUUUUAGUUAGCAGCCAACCGCUUUAAUCACUUCAUCACCAGGGCUCUACCAGUUUACAAGGUCCCUAACCAAAACCAAACCCAUUGCCAUCAAGUCAAUUCCAACUCAAAGCAACCCUGUAGGGCAGAGUAGAACUGGCCCGUAGGGCUUCCAGUGGCACAAAUGGUUUGUGCUUGGCUACUAAUCUAAAGGUUGGUGGUUCGAACCCACCCAGUGGCACCUCAGAAGAAGACCUGUACAUAAGGAUUACAGCCAAGAAGACCUCCUGGAGUGGUUCGUGGGGUCGCCGUGAGUUGGAAUUGACUCCAUGGCAGCAGGUUUGGUUUUUUGGUAUACCAACUCACAUUGCCACAUUGUCCUCAGUUCCAAGAGAGAGCGUUUCAUAAGACUCCAAAAUAUACAAACUUCCAUAGGCACUCACAAAGGAGUCAUGCAUGUUCCUUUCAGAUGGUCACCUGAGUGGCCAUGUAAUCCUCUCUUUAACCAUCCAGCAUCUCCAGAAGUGGGUUUGAUUAUUCUCAUAAAAAUAAACCAAGGGAAAAUGAUACUGGUGAAGAACGAGCUUCUUGGAUCAAGGAGACACAUGAGACUAUGUUGGCAUCUCCUGUCUGGAGGGGAGAUGAGAGGGUGGAGGGGGCCAGAAGCUGCCCAGUGGACAUGAGGUGAGAAAAUGGAGGGAAGGAGUGUGCUGUCUCAUUACGGGGAGAGCAUUUAGGAGUGUAUAGCAAGGUGUAUAUAAAUUUCUGUACGAGAGACUGACUUGAUUUGUAAACUUUCAUUAAAGCACAAUAAAAAUUAAUUAAAAAAAACAAAUAAACUAAGGAACUUGAGGUUUUGAAAGGUUUGGGCACUUGCUCAGACUCACCCACCGUAGAGUCUGGACUUGGCUCCUAAUCUUUCCCGCUCUAAAGAUCUUGCUCUUAACCACUACCAAACCCAAAACCAAACCAGCUGCGGCGGAGUGGGCUCCAACACAUGGUCACCCCAUGUGUGUCAGAGUAGACCUGUGUUCCUUAGGGUUUUCAGUGGUUGAUUUUUUGAAAGUAGAUCUCCAGGCUUUUCUUUUGAGGCGCCUCUGAGUGGAGUAGAACCACCAAACUUUUGGUCAGCAGCGGAGCUCGUUAACUGUUUGCACCAGCCAGACUUGGUGCCAGUCUCCGUGUUUGGCGGA